CGCCGGCCCCUCUUUCACUCAUCGUUUCACCGUGAGUCCCUGAUCCAAACCUCAGACUUCCCCACCGUCGGCCGGCGCCGCCACACCCCACGACCAGCCGGCCGCCUCCAUCCCUCGCCUGCGGCGAUGUCUUCCCCGGUACAGAGAAGCUCGCUCGAGCGCCUCCACCACGUAGAGAAGCGGAUAGUGCAGGCGCUGGAGCUGGCGGGAUCGGUCAUGGAGGAGCUGGGAAACUCGCAGGGUCCCCGCGCCGAGGCCGUCGUCGGCUGCUGCCGCGAGUUCAUGCUCUGCAUGAGGGAAAUUCAAACUACAUUGCGCGAGAAACUAAAAAGUGCUUGUGAAUAUCGUCCGUUGAGAAGUGCGACUGCAGUGCAAGGAUCGCUAUCUAGAUUUGUUACAAAAGCUGGAGUGCGUGAUUGAGAAGAUGGAUGCCAUGCAACUGAAAACUGAGCACAGCCCUAGUGAAGUUUAGCUAGUUUUAACAGGCUAUCUGGUGCCUGGUAGUGAAAUGGUUAGUGACAAAGCAUCAUAUGGCUUUCCUGGCUCCAUUUUCUUAUGUUCCAUUCUUGCUAUGAGUGUCGUGUGCGUCCAGUUACUUCAUUUAGUUAGAUGAAUCGUGUAGAGUAUAAGUUGCAAUAUCCCAGAAAGAAGUUAUGUUGCAACUACCAUGGUACUGGCUCUCCUGCUUCGUAUGCUGUUUGUUUCAUACAUAGCAAAGCAUUACAGCCCUUUCAGAUCCUUCAGUUGUGUUUCCACUUGGUUGUGCUUGAAGUUCUUCUGUACUACCGAGAUUGGUUAUAACAUCCAAGAAUUUUUUUUUACUUA